CGGGAAAGGAAAAAAAGGAGAGAGGUCUCGUCUCCACGCGAACGAACGAAGAUAGACGAAUCCAGGAGUCGUUGGAUUGGAUUCAUCGAAUUUCGAAUCUCGCGUUUCCGCGGAGAGGGAAGAGAAGGAUCUCUCAGAGAUGAUAACAAGAUCGAAUCUAGCAGAGCAGCUGAGGGAAUACCAGAUUCGAUCGAAGCACGAUUGGGCGUCUGUCUCCUUCUUCUCCUCUACCUCGAGCUUUUCUUCGUCUAGGGUGGAUGUUGUAGUCUUUGUCAUCUGGGAGCUAGUCAUCAUAGCAUUCUUAGUGUUUUCAGCCGUUUCCUUAUACUUCAAACGACUGCAACUCGCCUUCAUCUUGGUAUGUGUCACUUUGCUACUACUUGUUUGCAUGAAGGUCACAAAGCAAGUGAGAUUAGCCAGGAAAAAGAAGCGAAGGAUGCUUCUCCCACUAUCUAUGUAAAGAAACCACCAAGCCUUUUUAUGACAAGUUGCAGCUUUUCUUUUUGGUCUUACUUAGCCACAAAAACAACACACACCUCCUAAUUCACCCUGCUGAUUCAAUUGCACGCGGAUAUAGAUCACAGUUAUGCUCACGGAAUGGGUUUUUUAGAGCUUUGAGUCAUGUCAGGGUGUCUGAGCGCGGCAAUCUUAGGCUUUAGGAUUGUUAGUCGUGACUAUCAUUUUUUUCUGAUUUAUAUAGCAUUUGGCUUUGUUCAGGGAAAAAAAUGUGUUGGAAAUUGAAAGAGUUAUGUUUUAUGUGUAAUUGUGGUUGUGAAAUUCAGACGAAUGAGAAAAAUAAUAUCGAAGCUUGCAUU